AUGAAUGAGACGGACUGUCCAACAUGCAGUGAGUUUUUACAUGGAUAUCUUAAGCUGAAUUGUCUUUUUCAGAGUUCCCGACUACUAAAACACGGGAGAACCGUUUGAGCGAAGCAUGCCAAUUCAUUGUUCCUCGUCUGUCAAACACGUUGAUCGUACCCAACUACGGGCAAAUCUCUGUUGUGAAAGGCGAUCUUUCGUGGCUCAGUCCGGAAGUUUCUGCUUUUCUGAACGAAUGCGUCAGUUUGAUGACUCCGUCGGCGGUUCGUCUGUGCAAUGGAAGUGUCUUCGAGGCACAGGAGCUGCGGGAAGCCAUCGAGAACGAGUUUCGGACGGAAGAGCAGAAACAGCUGGAUCGCCUUCAUUUGACCGUUUCCGACAUUGGAUACGACGACGUGCACGUUGUGACGAAAGAUAGAGUGGAUGCCGAACCGGGAUGCUCUCCGUCUUCCGAUGGCAGCACGCGGAGUGACAGCAGUGAGAAUGUGGACGGCGUCCGUCUGAGUGCUCACUUCAUGUCCGUCAACCACUUCGAAUUUGCAAAGGAGCAGAGAUUCGACAGUUGUAUGACCGGACGGAUGAUGUACGUGAUUCCGUUCGCGAUGGGACUGAUUGGAAGUGGACACGCGGUUUACGGAGUGCAGAUAACGGAUGAUCCGGUGCUCGUUCUUCAUCUGAGAAGCACUUUCAGGUACGCAAUGCACAGAGAGCCCCACUUGUGAGCACGUAUUUCAGAGUUCUCUCAAGCAUUUGGGAUUUGAUAGCUUCCACGACGAACUUCAUUCGGAGUGUUCACUCGAUCGGAAUGCCUCACCCAAUCAUUCGAAACAUUUCCAAAGCGAAACCGAGCGAGAAUACAGCAGUCGGCAGCUUCGUUGUGCUCAAGCACGAUGACCAGCAAGUGUGGGCUCACGGAAACUCUUUCGGACGGAACUUCCGCUUCGGCACGACCUUCGCUGUCCAUGCGGCUUCUUGGAUUGGAGUCAAGAGAGGGUGGCUGGCUGAAAGUGCCUCUAUUCUGUCCAUCACGAGUGAGUAUACUUGCCAGGGAAAUUCCACAAUUGGUGCCUAUUCAGAUCCACAGAAUCAGACAAUCCACGUGUGCUACAGUAGUCUCACAAAUUUUCAGAGCCUCGCUUUGCAAACCGGAUUGGCGAAGGGUUGGAAGGUUCGUAACAAUAUUCUAAUGGGCAGUUGAGAAGGAACCCGGUUGCAGGUGGAGAUCGUGAGCAACAAGACAGUUUGGCUGCAUUGGCACGAGGGGAAACUGCAUGCGAUUGCGCCGGAAAACGACGAGAUGAGCGAGAUGAGUACUGCUCAGAACCUCCGCCAAUUGCUCUCUGGAUCUGCGGCAAACUAUCAGAUCCAGGGUCUGAAUCCGCAAAACAGCAAGUGGAACUCGGAGUUCGGAGUGCCCAUCUCCGCUUAUAUUUUUGCCAAUCGCCGUUGCGAUCAGUUUCCUUUGAUUCUCGAAGCAAAUUCGUGGCAGGAUGGAGUGGUUCUGGCCGCCGGAAUCCGUAUCAGCUAUCCAAAGAAACAGACUGAUAGUGUGUCAAGUGGUAUCAAUGAAAAAUUGAAUACGUCCAAUCUCUGAUCAUUGACAGACUCAAGUCGAGGACGCAAAACUCGCAACAUUCUAGUCGAGUGUCCGAUGCUCCGAACUGACCCGAUCAACUUCAGUUUCGCGAAGUACGUGAAUCACUGGCUCCAGAUGGGAAUCACUGUCAAAGCCACGUCGGCUGAGAAGAGCGAACCGGAGACCCGCCGUCCUCCUCCUAUCUUCUUCACGAACUUGUCCCAGGAAAUUGACAGAAAUGUGAUUUGGCCUGGAGGCGUUGACAAUGCACGCAUUUUCGAGUACAUCUUCAAAAGGUGUGUUCCUUUUCUCCAGAGCUGGACAUUUGCCGGCCGUGGCUUUUUUGCGGCCUGUGUUUUUGACCCACAUUCAGUUGACCGGUCGGACUCAAAAAAUGUUUAGCCAUUGUCCUUGGUAUGAAGCAACUCCAGAACAAUUUUGGGCCCAAAUGGAUCAGCUCAUCUAGCGAUAAACUGAAACGCGGCCGCUGCGGCCAGGUUUUUUGAAAAAUACGUCUGCAACGGCCGCGUUUCAAUUUAGCUCCAGAUCAGAUUAUCCUAUCGAGCUCGGAUCGAAAAUGCCUCACACCAAGGGCAAUAUCCAAACAUUUUUGGGUCCGAUCGGUCAACUGAGAGUGGGCCAAAAACACAGGCCGCAAAAAAGGCCAGCUCUGCUUGUGUCCCAUCAAACCUCAUCAAACCUCUACGAGCAUUUCAGAUGCACCAAUCCAACGGAUCUCUCGAACACAACAUCUUCUGGUCUUGGGAAGGUUCCGAAGAGUCUAGAGUUGAAUGCCCUCGUCAAUAUGCCUGCUCUGCUUCAAAUUGAUAUCCGUUUCUGGCUUCAGGAACUCAGCAAACUCCGAACUUUCUUCCACACUCAAAUGGGAUCUUGUCUUCCUGCCCAACUCGACAAAGCGCUCACGGAUAUGGCUGCGGCGAUUUGA